AAUAUAUUUAUAUAUUAAUUACAUAAUGCUUUUUUAUGAGGCAGUACAGAUACAGAUGUGGUAUUCAUCAAAAGAAAAACAAACGGACACACACUACUUAACUUCAAUCUUGUCCAGACAGCUUUAAGCAAAGUUAAAAACUGUUAGGUCUCUAAAUGGAUACUUUCACAAACUAUUACACCCUCUUACAAACAAGCAUAUUCAUAGAUGAUCUCACAAUGACUUCAAACAAGGACAUCCUUCAAGUUUAGCUCAUCUAGGUUACUCAUGAUGCACACAGUUUCUCAGACAAUAGGCUUAAGGCAAAGAUAUCUCUAGCCAACCCCAGAGGUCAGCAGACAUCCUUCAGAUAGAAACAAGUUCAAGAGUUUAACUGGCCUAGGACGGGAGUAGGAUUUCUUAUACCACAGUGCCACAGUGGCAUUAUUGUCAGAUUGAAUUGAGAACAAACAUUGACCCAUUAGUUUGGAAACAACAUUUGUGAAAUAUACGAACAAGAAAUACAUCAAAUGAUAACCACCAUUUAAAUCUCUCUCACAAGUACCCACAAACCCCCAGAGAUAUAUAUUUUUCAUAACUUUCAUAACUUCAUAACAUAACUUGUUUUCUGUUUCUGUUUUAAUUUGUGCUUUUUAAAAAUACCAAUUUAUUGGGGUCCUGGGGUACCCAAGUCGAAAGCACCCUUUCUGCCCAUGUAGUUUUCAUAGAUGGAACUAUUUAUUGAGUCCAUGUUUGAGAUGGGUCAUAAUUUAAAGUAUCCCACACUGUCGGGGGGGUCAUUUUGAAGGCUUUGGGGAAAGACUGCACUUAUGAUAAAAAUCUGCAGAUUUUUUUUUUUUUUUUUUUUACACAAUAUGCAAAUUAACUGUAACUUUAAUUAAAUAAUAAUCUUGUAAUUAUAAUAAUAUAAUUGUGUCUACCCUUUUCUGUGGUUCCCAGUAUCCAUGCCUAUGAAAUUCCUGCUGAAAACACUUUAAAAUUUGUGACCCACAGAAACCGGUCACAAUUUUUUUUCUUUUUCUUUGAAAGGCCAAGUAAUUUCCUGAAAAAUAGGCAUGGUAAUUUUUGGCAAACAUUUCACAAACAGGAGUAAACAGUGCAUUUGUUGGGAGCUAUUUUAAGCUGCAGAUUACAGUAAUAUGCAUUUGUUGCUGUAGUGAGCAUGUGCAGAGGCAAGGCGGUGUAUGUGGGGUUGAUUUAAAAUAAACUACAGUGCCAUUGUUCAUCAUAAUAAAGUAGCAUCUCAAUCAAUGCAACAGUGGGACUUAUUGAUGGUUUUUGAACAAUAGUGGAGGUCUAUGACACAGAGGAAACACAGACAAACCAUGUUAGUAGGAUUAAUCAGUUUUGAUCCUUAAAUUAGUUGGCAAUAAAAAAAUAAAACAACUUUGAAUUUCACCAUCCAAAUGCUUUAAAAAGUGCGUAUAUAAUGUAUACGAUCACAUUUAACUAUUUGGGGAUAGUUGCACACUUGCUACUUAAUACUCACACUCAUUAAGAGAGGGAUGUUGUCAAAAGCUUUGAGCAGAGUUCAAAUCAUAUUUGCUCUUGCUUAUGAGAUUAAAAUGUUAGUCCAGGACAAAUAGCUCAGCAGGUUAUGUUCACUUGAUUUGUUAUGUGACCACUUGUAACGGGUCGCUCUGGGAUAGGCUCUAAAUUGAAUUUCCAAGUGCCGAUAGAAGGUCUUAGUUCUCAAUGGGUGUGUCUGUGAGGCUUAGAGAUAGGCAUUCCAGCUGAUGGCAAAAAUGUCAGAGGGUUAAGCUGUAACCCCUCCACCCUUCCCACCUCUGCCUCUCACCUCUGCCUUCCACUGUCUCUCUGCCUCCCUUGCGCUUCUUUUUUUUCCCUUCUCGGUCUCCCCAUCAGUCCGUGUUGUUAUGCACAGUGCAGCAGUGUCCCGCAGGGCCGGAGAUUGCCAUGGACAUGAUGUGAUUUCUCAUCUCCUCUCAGCUGUAAUGUGCUGUAGUCCGGGGCCUCUGAUGAACUAGCCUCGCAAUCUUUGGAAGACAUGUUGUCCUCCACACUCCCAUAUUUCCCUCAAUCGUUGUCAUUUCUUUCUUUCCAUCACAGAUUAUGUGUCUAUCGAUUACUGAUCCUCAAAAAGAGUGAUGAUUGGUCAAACAGAGGGCAGACUGCUUUACAUCCAGGCAAAUGUAAUUGAACAUUUUUCAUACAACUAAUAAGGACCGUUAACCUGUAACUUGGUUGUUUAAGUCUUGCAAAGUGACAUGUGCUUAGUUAAUUUAAUUCAUUUAUUAAGCACACACAAACACACACACACAUACACACACACACACACACACACACACACACACACACACACACACCAAUCCUCACAUCUCACAGUUUACUCCAUUGUUUUUGCCCUUGAUAAUAAUCACUUAGUUGGAUUUGUCCUAAUGUGAUGACAGAGACUGAAAGCUGCUCUCAGGAAAAAUGACGGGCACAUAUCAGCCUUGUGAAUCUCUGGCUACAAUCAGGACAAUUGCACAGAUGCCGGCUUUGUUAGUCCAAUGCAGAGAGGGGGAAGAGGCUUUUUGGGGAAUCUUUAUGUGAGCCAGCUUAGGGUGGGAGAUACAAGGGAAAGUGACCAUGUAAGUGCGACAAUGAAUUGGAGGAAGUGGGCUGUUCUCAAUUGAGGAGGAACACAAGCUCAUAUGGGUCAUAUUCUCACAGUGAAAAGUUACAUUAAAUAAGCAACAGUGUACAUAUUGUCUUUGGAACAUAUAUGACUGUUUUACUAUGAACAGUUUCUCUUUUGGUGUGAGCUGCAUAAAAUCUAACCAGAGCACUUUCCAAGUAUCCAAUUAUCCAUUUGCAUCCAAAUGUUUAACUAAAAUGUCUCUGUAUACAAAAUUAUAACCUUUAAAACUCUUGUUAGUCCUGUCAUUUGACGUCAAUGCUGAUAAACAUGCUGACUUGAAUGCUGACCGUGCUUUUCUUGAAAUGAUAGAAAACACAUUUUCACACUAGUGAAACCACUUUGUAGUUACAACACAUUGUAAAAAUGGUUCAGUUCACACAAAUAAGAAAAAACACAUUUUCACACUCACCUAUACUGCUAUCUAUCCAGGCAGAUGGUUUCAUUCUUAUAUUCUUCAUCUGUAUCCUGGCACAUUGCUAAAACUAAGGCAGGUGAGUAGAAGUUAAUUUUGGCUGAUGUAAGAUGUAAGAAAAUUACGUUUUGAAAAUUCAACAGAACAGCCACAGACGAAAAAAGUCGUCUCUGUCAACAGUUUUCAAAGGGACUAUUUCUCAUGUUGGAACACAGUAGGUCUAAUGAAAACUGCUCUCACCAAGGCCUGUGGGUUAUCUAACUGGGACAUUGUUUCAGAGAAGACAAGCUCAUUUUGAGUAAAACAAAAAGAAAAGAAAUUCCACUCACAUCCAUUGUAUUUGGUUUGUGACUAAAUUCAAUAUCUCAAAACCUCAGCGCAUUAAACCAACACUCAUCUGCAUGACUGGAUCAUACCAGUGAUCAAUGAAAGAAUAUGAAGCGUUUUGUUUGUGCUAGUUUACCUGAUCAUUUAAGGCCCAUUAAGAGACACCAGCUUGAACUUGGUUGAUGCUUAUUACAUUAGUUGUUAUAGUGUUGGAGAUAACUGUACUGGAGUUUUUUUAUUCCCUAAUAUUAACAUUGGCAUCGGCCUGAAAAAUAAAGUCAGGCCCUACUUAAUAGUUUUGAGGAUUCGCUGCUUUCUUUGUGAUGUGAUAAUAAACUGAAUCUCUUGUUGUUUCGGACUGAUGAAUACACAAAACAAACGUGAGAAAGUCAUCUCUGUGUUCAGGAAAUGGUGAUUGUCAUUUUUUAUUAUUUUUGAUAUUUUAUAAACCAAACAAUUAAUCAAUUAAUCAUGAAAAUGAUUGCCAGAUUAAUGUAUAAUUAGAAUAAUUGUGAGCAGCAGCCCUAAUUAUGAAUUGUUAUAAUAUAGCCUUCCAGCAUACAAGAGUGAACACAACAGCCAAAGAGAUUUCUUUCAUUUUACAUGCAAUUGCACCUCCUUUAUUUACAUUAUACACACUGAGCCUCCAGAAAGCUGCCCAGUUUAUGCUUUGUGCAGCAUUUGGCUCUGUUGGUAUGGAAGUCAGUUCUGUUCAGCUGUUCUGCUCUUUCAGUAAAAUCAAGCCUAAACAUGAAGCUGAACCAACAUUUCUUGACUUCUUACAGCAUUAUUAAUUUAGAGUGACUCAUGAUGUAAUCCAAAAUAUAACAGUAACAGUAAAUGUCAUCUCUGAAACGUAAUGAAAUCAGGUUGCGAUUAUUUUUAAAAAUGCCCCACUUUUGAAGCAGCGUUGCUAUCCACAAGACCCCAGUAUGAUAUUUCUAUCAUCAAACAGGAUUGUUCUUGGUAAUUAAUUACUCAUUUAAUUAAAACAGAUGACACAUCUAAUUAAACGUAUGACACUAAAAAAAGCACUAUAAUUGACUGUACAUUCAUUUACAAAUGAAAGCCGGCAUUAUGUUAUCAGGGACUGUGGAAUACUGUUACCAGAAAAAUGUUUUUGGAUUUAACCUACAUGAGACGAGGCUGCCUGAUCAGAUCUGGAUCUGACAGAAUUGUGAAUGAUUAAUAAAUUCCAACAAAUUAAAGCAAAAUGUUAAAAAACAAAAAAACUGGGGUCUGGUUAAAAAACUCAGAUUGUGUCAGAGUUUGUCUCUUGUCAACAAUCUAUUUUAAGCAUAACUGGGAGUAGAAACUAUAAUUAGCUUUUGUUGAGCAGAUAUUAAAUAGUAAGGGAGCUGUAGAGAAUCUGUAGCUGUAGCUGUUGAGACCCCAGUUGCACAUCGGAGAAUUAAACACUGUGCUGGUUUGACUUUUCAUUGUAAAGUGAAUAGAUUUGCAACACAACAAUCUAGCACUUUAUGCUGGUGUGUUUUGUUCUGUACUGAGAACAUGUGUGUGAUCUCAGAGGAAACCUUCCACCCUGUGGUUGCACUGCACCGCUGCAUCCUGCUUGCUGCUCUGCUAUUUCAGCUGCCUGCAUCCGCCCCUCGACGCGUCUCCGCAACUCUCAGUUUGACCUCAUUACCAACAUCAUUACGAUCUGUAUUAGUAGCUGCACCCUUCAUCGCCGUCAUCAUCAUCUGACAUCUUUAUUAUAAUCAUCACUGGCAACAGGCAUCAAUACGGCUAUCACCACCGUCAUCAUCAUUCUCAAUAUGCUGUUAUUAUCACUGCCAUUAUUUUACUUGUGAUGUUGUGAAAUGAAGGCAGAUGUUGGAAUAAACAUUCUUGCACCCGAACUGUGUGUCGUUGUUGAGCGUGCUGCAGGGGCGUUGUGCAGAAACUGCCUCUCCUCCUCCAGAGUCUUGUUCACCACUUGUGAGCUUCACAUACUGUUAAGUAUGCUGCGAGACAUGUGCUCCCAUCCUGCAUUGUGUUUGCUGGCGUUUCAGAAACGCACCCAUUGUAUGUGUUUCUCCUCUGAAUUUUUCAGAAGGGGCUGACAAAAUGCAGGCAGAAACAGACCGCUGAUGACCUCCUUCUCAUCGCCUCAUCCUUUUUUUUCCCCUCCCUCUGUUGCCUCCCUCCUUCUCCCUGCGCUCAUCGCACAUUCUCCCAGGCUUCCCUGCUAUUUCUCUCUCUGUCUUCAUCUUCUUCGUCUCAUCACUCUCUUUUCUCUCUUCCCUCCCCCACUGUUUAUCACACCCUCCCCUCCUCGUUCCUCCUUCAUGUUUUAAGUGCGCUCCCCUCUUCCUCUGCCUUCCUUCGUUUCCUUGCAUCUUCUCCCACCUGUCUGUCCUUUCAUCCCACUCAUGUGUCUCAUCACCUCUCUCUUACCCUUCCCUUUCAUUCACUCCCUUCCUCUCGUUUUCUCUCUCUCCACGCCGUUGUUCUCUGCCUGCCUGCCUGCUUGCCUGUCUGUCUAUUCUAUAAAGGGCUGUCUGAGGCCUCUGCUCAGCUAAUUCAUUCGCUGUGCAUCGCCUCACAUAUCUGCAGGGUCAGGCAGACAGACAGAUAGAGAGAGAGGAAGAGGAAGAGGGAGCGGAGGAGGAGGAGGAGGAGGAGAGGAGAGGAGAUCUGGAGGAAGAGAGAGGGGGUGAGGGACCCAGAAAAGAGGACAUGAAAAAAAAGAUGCAGUUUUAUCUCCAAGAAACAGAAAGCCAGAGCCAGAUCCUGUGGUGGUAUAUUCCAGAAUUGCUCUCUCCCGCAAACACAGUAUAUACAGUAUCUUGCCAUGACCUCUUUCUGCUUGCUGCUUGCUUUGUCAUUUGGAUUCGGAUGUUCAGCUUUUUUCUCUAAUCCAAUACUUGAACCACAUCGCUGCCAUUGUCUCUGUUUAUAAAGGAAUGCAUGGUGUAUGUCGUGUAAGCAUGUUUGUGUGUUGUUUUGCAAAUUCCAAAUGUCUUGUGCUGAUCCAUCAGAGAUUAUGAACAUACCUGAAGCUGAACAUAUUCUUUGUUCAAGUGACGUUUUGGAGGCUAUGCUCUGGGAGCCACUUGCACCAACUCUUUGUAAAUUCAAACUCAGCCUAGUUAUAAUGUAGGUGUAUAUUGAGAUUUAUUCAUCAUUAUUAAAUAAGACACGCAAACUAGUUCAAAUGCAGAGAUUAGUUGUUACUAAAAACGUAGACACUGUAACUGUUGCAUAGCUAACUUAACUAAUGCUAACAGACAAAAUUAUUGUGAGCUUCCUAAUGUAUGAAAUGUUCAAAUGUGUAAUCUGAAAUAUGGUCAGUUUACCUAAAAUUACCAAACAUUAUACCAUUAAUGUUAGCCUAUCUGACCAAAUAAUUGAGGUUGACUUCACACUGAUUCUAAACUGCAUGCAUACAUCUUGAACUCUAAAACUAUUUCUCCAUGUAUUAAUAUACACAGAUAUGUAACCAAGUACCAGCAAUACCUACAUUUAAAAAGCACUGGUAGUUAAGCUAUUGUUUGCCUUCAAAAACUGAGGGUUAUUUGGGUUAGCCUUUGUUACAGUUAGCAAUGCUACAGAGACUUUAGAUGUAUGAUUGCUUUUGAUAGGAAAGCACAACAAAUGUCUCAGCAAAAUAAUUUCCACGUUAAAAGUGUGCAGUAGCCUAGACAUCUAUAGAUAUAUAAAGAUACAAUGAGUUUAUUAUAUAAUUAGUUUGAAACUAGCUAGCCGUUUUCAAGAACUUAGAGAGGACUUUUCACAUAAACCUAGCAAUAGAUUCCUGCCACUACUGGCUAGUUUAAAGAAACAGUUCAACAUUUUAGGAAAUAAGCUUAUUGCUUUCUUUCUGAGUGUGAGAUGAAACAACUUGUAAGAAAGUAAUGAUUUUUUUUUAAAUUAAUUAAAUGUGACUGUCAGAUAAAGCUAGUGUAAUAAAAAGUACAAUAUUUCUCUCCCUUAAAUGUAGGAUAGUGAAAGGUAUUCAGUGAAAUACUCACAAAAAAUAUCAGUACUCAAAAAUGAUUUUUAAGAGAAUUUGUGUAUGCUUAUUAUACCUCUCGUGCUAUCUGAUCUUAACCACACAGUUUAUCUGGAAUGAGGUUUUCCACAAAGAAGUUGGUUUUAUUGUUGUGAUUAAAAGGUACUUUCAAAGCAGUAUUCGUAUCUGUCACAAACUGACUGUAUGUGCAGUAGGUGGUUGUGGAGGUUUUGUUUGCCCUUGUGUGUCGAGUAGAAGGGCUUCAGGUAGAAGAGGGGUGAAAGCGCUGCCUUGUUUGUAGUGCAACACUCACUGCAGUAUUGUACUACUGUUUUAAAAAUUGAAAAUCUUGUUGGAAGUGUUUGAGCCACUGAUGAUUGGAGAAAAAGGGAAAGUGCUCUGCCAGGUAUUGAAGUGUAGCAACAGUGGAUCUGGUCCAUCCGUCAGUAAGACAAUACUCUGGGGAACUCAGUUGGUUUUUCUUGUUAAACUAAUACAGGAACCUCUCUAGCUAGUCAAAUGAAUGAUACAGUAUUAUUUGAUCUUUUUUUUUAACAACAAAAAGAUGGUGAUGAAACCUUUUUGGCAUGCUCAUUCUGGCUGCCUUGUAAGGUGUUCUAUUUUCUGUGCAUUAUUCUCCUAGUGAGUCAAAAAUAGAAACUGAUAUGUCAGAAAGAGACAGUGACAAAAAGCCAGAGGCAAACCAAACACACACACACACACACACACACACACACACACACACACACACACACACACACACACACACACACACACACCAUUUCUCACCUAACUCUGCAGCAUUUCUCCAGUUUGUAUUUAUCUCUCAUGUCACUCAUAUGUUGUAUCUUUGUUCUUCUCUUUCUUCCUCCUCCUGUGUCUCUGCAGGUUUUCCUGAGCAGACGGUCUGUGUAGCGGAGUUUGUGCUCGAGUGGAAGUGAGUGAGUGAGAGGGAGUGUGUGUCAUGGAGAACGGGACAAAUUUAGAUGCCCAUCCCUACCAAAAUUUGCUGCUCCUGGGAGCCAUCGCAGCAGCAUCUGCCUUUGUGGUCACCAUCUUCAUCCUCCUUGUCUGCGUGGGCUGCCAAAGAAAAAGCAAGAGCAAGCACCCCCCAGCCGGACAGAAAGGGACAUCUGUAAAUAUGGGCACCCUUCGACAUCCUAAACUGAACUCGAUGAGCAAAUCUGACACCAGGCUACAUGAGAUCAAUCGCUUUCCCUGCAAUGGAAGUAACUCUGUUAGUAAGAGCCGUCCAGCCAGUAUGGACCUCCUGCUCCUCCACAGCCGGCGCUCCCAGACGGACCUGAGGCCCUCCCAUGGGCGCCAGCUUCCCCAGAUCCCCACCAGUCCUGAGGGAUCUGGGCAGGGGGGAGGGGGGGAAACAGUAGGAGAUGGUGGUGGAGGAGGAGGAGGAGGAGGAGAGGCCAGAGACCACACCUACACUGAGGUAGGCCUGCGGAACAAUCCAACCCCCACCCAUUGCCUGGAUGACGGCCUGUACGAAAGUGUAGGUGUCCGGGAAGGUGACACGGGUCCCAAGGUACUGUCUGCUCCACCACCCACAUCAACCAACACUCCGGUUUCGAUCAGAGCUGCCCACAGCCCCCAAAUUCAGGCGAACGGAGCCCGUAAUGGAAACGGGCAUGGAAAUGGUGGCAGAGGGAACGGCAGAGGGAAUGGCACCAUUAACGGACCGAUGGCAGAAAGAGGUAAUGGGGCGAGUGGGGUCAACAGGUCCCCUGUGCCCUCUGUCAACUCUCUGGCCAUCCAAGAUCCAGCUGUAGCUGAAUAUGCUUCCAUACGGAAGUUCAUAAAGGUUGACAAGACGAACAGGAAGGAAAAUAACGGGGCCGACAGCCAGUCAGACAGCCAAUCGAGUGUGAGUGAUUCCCCCUCUACUGUUCCUCCUCCACUACAUCGCAGCCAGGAGUUGCCACGCAAAUCGCUGGAACCAUUUCAACUCCACUCCUUCCCAAAGGAGGCGGUGUUCAUGGGCAACGGGGAGCAGUACAUCUGGAAGCCACCAGAGGAGGAUGACAUCAUCACCUUGCACCCACCUCCACACCGCAUAGAGAACGAACAGGGGCACCCAUCGCCCCCAUCUGCAAAGGAGAUCGCAGACACCUACUCCAUCGUAUGUAAAUCCCAGAAGAAGAAACCCCCUAUGGAAAACAACGGCGCAAAGACCCUCCCACGCUCCUUUGGUGGGGAUAGAGGAACCCGGGGCAGAGGCCGAGGGGUCCAGGCCCAGGCGCGUUCCCAGGAGGAGCCCUGCUAUGAGCCGGUGGGAGACAGGUCCUGGCCCACAUGCGCAGUGGCUGAAUCCGACCCUGCAUACGCUACUAUUGACAUCCACCGGAAACGUGAGCAGGCAGUAACCAAUAAUAGCACAGCUGGGGGUAAUGCCACUCUGAAGAGGAAGAAGCAGCCACAUCAGCAGCAGCAGCAGCAGCAGCAGCAGCAGCAACAGCAGCAGCAGCAGCAGCAGGCACCACCAGCUGUACCUCAGGGCUCAGGACCCACUGCCCCACCUAUUAGAGGCCUGCCUGGUGGGGAAAACUUCUAUGAGACCAUCAGCGAUGUGAAACAAGGGGGCAACAGCUCCAGCACCACUACCAUCUUCACCUUUAAUGAUGGGAUGGAGAUGUAUGUCACUGGCCUGUAGCUGGCUGACAGGCAGAAAGGGCCCAGAAUCAAUGAAAGGGACCAUCCUGUUCACUGGCAAACAGGUUGCUGUACAUAGAUACAAGGCCCUCUAUAGACAAACAACAUGAGGAUCCAUUUUGUAUUGACAUCAGGUACAAACAGGGUCUUAAUCCAGGUUGAGACUUCCCUUGAUUGGUCUGUAGUUCAGAACCAGCCUAAGCCUAGUCCAGCCCAAAUAAGGACCAAAUGUGUUUUAACAACAACAACAACAACAACAAAACAAACAAACAAAACAAAAAAAACAAGAAAACUGCAAUAUACAUCUUCAACCUACUGUGUCACUGACCAUACCCCCCUGUUUGUCCAUCAUUUUCCAUAGUAUCUUUAUUUUUAUAUGAACACUGUCUCUUUAAAGAGUAUGUGAUGUAACUCACAA